GUUGCUGAUCAGUGUCCGGGAUACCUGAUGGAUGGAUGGACGAUCGAUGGACUGAUCAAUCAAAACCACCCGCGCGGAUUCUCAGUCUGGAGACGCACAGACAGACACGCGCUCAGUAUUGAUUAUUGAUUAAUGAUUUGCUGCUGAUAGUGUAUGUGUGUGUGAGUGUGAGUGUGUGUGUGAGCGGAGUUCAGCGCUUCAAACCUACGGGACUCUACUUUCUGCAUCCAUCACCUCCUCCUCCGGGAUGAAGACUCCUCUCAGCCCCUCUCAGCUCCUGGAGAGGGGGCAGAUCUUUGCCUUUGGAGGAAUGUGUCAAGAGCUGAUGGACCCCCCAACACCUACAAGCACCAGUCUGUCUGUCCAGCAGACUCCGUCCACAGGUCAGGGCGGAGCCUACUCGCUGUGUGAUGUGUGUAAUCUGCAGCUGACCUCUGCUGCUCAGGCCCAGAUACACUACAAUGGCAGGUCUCACCUCCGAAGAGUGAGACAGCUUCAGGCUGGAGAGACAGGACAACAAGCAGCAGCAGGGACUCAGUCUAGGUCCCUUCCCCAGGCCACAGGGCUCAGCUCCCAGCCUGCAGGACUAACUCCAACCCCAGGCCUCAGUACGGGUCUCAGCGCUUCAUCCAGCACGACUGCAGGAAGUGGGUGUGGUGCAGUGGGCGGGGCGUUGCCAGGACUGAUAGGCGCCACUGGUCCCUCGGUGAUGAUGAAACCAUUCCUGCCAUUUCCUGUCGAGACGACGUCGCCAGUUGGACUUUUCCCAAACUUCAACACGAUGGACCCGGUGCAGAAGGCCGUCAUCAACCACACUUUUGGCGUCACCUUGGUGCCCAAGAAGAAGCAGGUCAUCUCUUGUAACGUCUGCCAGUUGAGGUUCAACUCUGACUCUCAGGCAGAAGCUCACUACAGAGGCAGUCGUCACGCCAAGAAGCUCAAGUCUCAGGAGAACAAGACCAAGGCAAAGCUGUCAAUCGCUGGAGAGACCAAUGGGAGCAGCACCAGUCCUGUUUGCCCCGCCCCUCCUGUCUCAGCUAACAGCAGCAUCAAUCAGCACACAGAUCUCUUAUCGAGCCUCGCCGACUCCUUUCCUCUCAAACCUUUCCUCCUCCCCUCCUCCUCCCCUCACUCCUCUGCCUCCCCCUCCUCCAGCAGACCAGGCAGCGAGCCUCCUCCCUCCAGUCCUCCCACCGCUCUCCCCGCCCCAGGCCUCUUUUCCUCUUCCUCCUCCUCUCCCCCUUCCUCAAAAGCCUCUCCGCCUCCCCCUCCAGCUCCUGUCACCUCCUCUUCACCUCCUGCUCCUCCUCCACCUUCCCAGGCCUCCUCCCAGGAUGCGUCUCUCUCAAUGGAGUCGGAGGAGGAGAAGGCGAAGAAGCUGCUGUACUGCUCUCUGUGUAAAGUCGCCGUUAACUCUCUGUCUCAGCUGGAGGCUCAUAACGCAGGUUCAAAGCACAAGACGAUGCUGGAGGCUCGGAGUGGCGCCGGGCCGAUCAAGGCCUACCCUCGAGCCGGAGCCAAGCUGAAGAACGGCAACAGCUCCGCACUGAAGGGCUCCGGCCUGCAGAACAAAACCUUCCACUGCCAGAUCUGUGACGUCCACGUCAACUCUGAGAUCCAACUCAAACAGCACAUCUCCAGCAGGAGGCACAAGGACCGAGUGGCAGGAAAACCCAGCAAACCCAAAUACAGCCCGUAUAACAAACAGCAGCGCAGCUCACUCACUAAGGAGUUAGUGAAGCCUUCCCUCUCACCCUCCUUCCUCUCCACUCCCUUCGCUCCUCCACCCUCGUCCCUCACCUCCACCAUCUCGCUCCCGACCGCCCCCCUCUCCUCCUCCCCCCUCCUCACUCCCACGUCCUCGCCCCUCACCCCCACCAUCUCUCUCCAUCCUCGCCCUCCCCCUUCCUCGUCCCUCUUCACUGCCUCCUUCCUGCGUCCGGCUCCUGGACCAAUCAGAGCAAGCCAAGGAUCGAUACUCUUUGCUCCCUACUGAUGGCGGGUCGAGGGUGGGGAGUUGAAUCGGCGACCUUUGACCUCUGACCUUCAGUUUGUUGAAGUAACAGAAGAGACAUCAGCUCUGCCAUCGUGGCUGCGGGGAUUCAAACCUGCGACCUUCUCACCUGACUGAAGGAGACUUGAGAGGACUGAACCUUCUCGUUGCUUUAACUAAACCAGACAUGAAGCUGAACACAACAGAGGCUGGAAAGUCCUCACACAUCCUGGAAAACCUGGAAAGUCCUGAAAAUGACAGAACUGUCCUGAAAUUUCUAGAAAGCAAUAAGUGGUCCUGGAGGAAAUAUAUCAGUGUGCAGCUUUUUCUGUCGUCCUCAUUUGUUAUUUAAAUGUUCCAGAUUCAAAACAUCCAACUGGAAGAAGAAGAAAAAACAUUCAACUCGUUCAUGAAACAUAGAGAAUAAUUAUAUUUUUCUUUCUUUGACCUUUUUACCAAAAUAAGAACCCCAAAGUACCUCGUCCCUCAUGACAAGUGAGUCUUUGUGACAGCGUGAAUCCACUGAGAAAUACAGCUGGAGUUUGUUUUAAUGUGCUUUGCUUUGACAUUUUAAAAAAGAACCAGGAUUCAUAAGGAACAGCAAUAACUCAGUGGUACCUGAGACCGAGACACAAAGGUGGUCAAGAACGUCUGGACUCAGUUCAGGUCUGUUUAGGACGGGUCUUUGGAGUUUGGACGGGGUUGUUUCUGUUUAAAAAAAUCUCCUCUGAACACAGAAGCUCUUCUUCCUCCUGCUGGAGGAGCUAACCAGCACAAACCUGAUGUCAGACGUCCUCCAUCAUGAAUGAAUACUACACGAAUGAGAGAUGUCUUCAUAUCAUAUCAACUCUGGACCGUGAUGCCACAGAUGUCCCCUUCAGACGUUCCUGUGUUCAUGUUUGACUUGCUCCUAACAUACAGCAUCUAGAGCAGACAAACUUCGAAAGGGAGAAAGAGAAAUUAAAGGAUAUGGCAGGCAGUAUUUUAUGUUUUUUAAAUUGUCAACAAAUCCCAUGGAAAGAGCAAAAAAACAAAGGUCUCUCAAAACUUUUUGACCUCCCUAUCCUCUGUUUCUCUUAACCAAAAAUCCUCUAAUGACGACGGAAAUCUUUAAAAACGUAGUACGUUUUCAUUCCAAGCUCAUAUACAAACACUUUGUCACACCCCCAAGGUGUUCUCACCGACGUACGAGGCGUCCUUUAGCAUCUGUAUGUGACACAUAACUAUUUCCUGGGUGAAACACGUAACACAUGGUUCCAGUUGUCAGUGGUAGAGGUUAGGUUUAGGCAACAAAACUACUUAGUUAGGUUAAAAAAAAAAAGCACGUUUUGAGUUUAAGUAAGUAUGUAACAUGACAUAAGUGCGUCAUGCACCUAGGUAUGUUGUGACGCUAUGUUAAAACAACACUGACUUUUGGUUUUAACAGGACACAAACGCACCUCCAAGUCUGAGGCCAUGGUUCUCUGCCGAAUUAUGCUGGUCUGCCCCCUCCGGGUUGGGGGAGAGUUACUGCCCCAAGCGAGGGAGUUCAAAUAUCUCAGGGUCUUGUUCACAUGUGAGGGUAGGAUGGAGAGUGAGAUGGAUCUGUGGUUUGGGGCGGCGUCUGCAGUGAUGCACUUUUCCGGACUGUCGUGGUGAAGAGGGAGCUGAGCUGGAAGGUAAAGCUUUUGAUUUACUCGACCAUCUACGUCCCAGCCCUCACCUAUCAUCAUGAGCUCUGGGUAGUGACUGAAAGAAUGAGAUUGCGGAUACAAGCUGCAGAAAUGAGUUUCCUCAGAAGGGUAGCUGGGCUCAGCCUUAGAGAUAGGGUGAGGAGCUCGGAGUAGAGCCACUGCUCCUUCGCUUUGAAAGGGGUCAGUUGAGGUGGUUCUGGCAUCUGAUCAGGAUGCCUUCUGGGCGCCUCCUGUUAGAGGUGUUCCAGGCACCUCCCACUGGCAGGAGGCCCCGGGGCAGAUCCAGGACACGCUGGAGGGAUUACAUAUCUCAUCUGGCCUGGGUAUGCCCCAGGAGGAGUGGGAAAGCGUUGCUGGGGAGAGGGACGUCUGGGGUGCUUUGCUCAGCCUGCUGCCCCCGCAACCUGGCUUCAGAUAAGUGGUUGAAAAUGGAUGGAUGGAUGGAUGGAUGGAUGGAUGGAUGGGACACAAAACGGCUGUCUCCUGGGUUAAAGUCUGUGCUUGUUUGACACAUCCACUACCUCCGCCUUCUCCCACCCUUUGCAGACUUUCUUGCUCUUUAUACUACUUCAUCUACAUUGGGUUUACAUUGAAGUUAGCUGAAAGCCUGUUGUGUCUGAUAGAGAGGGUUCCUUCGGUGUUGGUAUAUGGACUGGUUCCUUCGGUGUUGGUAUAUGACGAUCUGGGAAUGAAAACAAGCUGAAAACAACGAGAUCAUCUCUAAAAAAACUAAAACAUGUAAUGUGUGUGUCAUUGGUGAUGUGUAUCCCCUUCCAAAAUCUCCAAAAUGUUACCAUCAUGUCCUUGUGGUGGCUACAGCCCUGCCAAGGUGGAAUAAACCAGAAUUAUCCUUUAAUAGAAAUCUGGAGUCUAAACUUGCUAAACUUUCUCUUUUGGAUUUAGUGUUAGAGGUCUGCUUCUUUUUUUUUUAACUCAGUAAAAACCCCAAACAAUACGCCUUAACAGAAGUCACAUUUGGAUCGUUAAUUCAGGACAGUCUGUUGCUCGUUCUGGCCUCCUGCUGACUCAGCUUGCUGUAUGUUUGGAACCAGAGUCUGAACUGAAGUACAUG